AUGUCCAUCAUCCAGCAGCACACGAGCGCCACGCUCAGCGACGCAUGGCGGACCACCAACAUCGACGCAUACAAUGAAGACUCGAGCGUCAACUUCGACACCUCGACAUUGCACCCGCCACAGCCCGAGAUCAGCGAGGCCGAAGCCCGCCAACUAUCCGGCCAGGUCAGACAGUUGCUGAGGGGUGGCGACGCCGAGGGCGCACUGAGGGGAUGCUUGGAGACGCCCGUUUACAACGGCACCGAGGGGGCAAAGACCAUCAUCGAGGUCCUACAGUCGAUCAAGGCGAGUGACAUGAGCCCUCUGCUCAGGGGCAUCUACGAAUCCCCAGGCGGCAGCGAGUGCCUCGACGUUCUGAUGAAGUACAUUUACAAGGGAAUGGCCAUGGGCCAGCCUAAGUCAGCGUCGAGAGUGACCCCCCAGUCCACCGGCGGCUUUGGCUCUCGCUCUGGUGUUUCCAACGAGCCUGCGUCCGCGGCGAUGAGCGUCCUGCUCAGCUGGCACGAGAAGCUUGUCGAGGUUGCGGGGCUGGGAUGCAUUGGCCGAACCAUGACGGACUGGAGGAGGGUGUGA